AUGCCACCAGUAGAAAAUCCGCCCUCUACUCCUCCGGACACCCCGCAUCCUGGCAAUGGAAAAAGCGGGCGAGGUGGUGGAGAUCGAAACAUCAUACAGGGAGACGUAAAAUAUGAGAAAGCUACAAACUACGGAGUACAAACCGGGAAUAUCUUUGGGUACAAUGUCAUAAUUGGGGGGAUCAACGUCGCGUUGGAUGCGGCAAACAAUUUGACGCACAAAAUUCAAGACUUCGCAGCCAGAGUCGAGAUGGUCAGUCUACGGCUCAUAUCUGUGGGUGAAAAAGCCGGCGCGACCGCGAACUUGAUGAAUACCAUCAACGCCUUGGUGGUGAAACAAGCCAGGAGGGAAGGAAUUACGGAUAAAGAUGUUACCAAAGAGGCAAAAUUGCCCGAAGUCAAGGAUAGAGAUUGGGGGGCAGGAGAAGGAAAAGAACCCGAGUCGGAAGUUUUGAGUAGGAAAUGCUUCAAGGACAUAAUGGAGGCCAUUAGAGGGGCACGGUGUCUCUUUGAAAACGUGACCAAGAAGAUUGAGGACGCCAGCGACACCCUCAUUCGUCCCCAGGUAUUGAGUCGAGGAGGCUACCAGUCGGGUCCGGAGGCAAUGGCGCAAGACGACAAAGUAAGGCUAGACGAAGCCGACAAGAAGCGCAUUUUCCUGACAGAGAAAGACAUUGGAUACAUGGAGACGGAUAUCGAGAGUCGCAAGACGGAAUUGAACAUGAUGUUUAUGGUCUUUGCAUUUGUCGUCAACGACGAAAAGUACGAGCAAACAGAACAGAGGCGAAAAACUGUGGAGCGAAUUGUGGUCGACAACUGGAGACUCCUAAAAAAACUAGCAGAUCGUCUCCUACGAGAUGGUGGCAACUCUUCACCUCAGCCAGGACUUCCUGAUCCGGUUCCCCUUCCACCCAGGCCCGGGCCAUUGCCAGAUAUGCGACCGUUGCAAUUUCCUGAUCUCUCUCGCCUCACAUCUCUCUAUAUGGGCUGGGUAAUUCGCAAAGCCCAGCUACCAGAAAACCCUGCCGUCGGGCUUGAACGCUCACAAAAGUACUCGUGGGCUUAUGCCGUUGUCACUAGGCUGACCCUGUCAACCGAAGAGCUCUUCCUCAAAGUUUUGGCCCAAAUCACGCAGAGAGCAAGCCUCGGCCGGACACUUCGGGAUGACUGCGUGGCAGUGCUGGAAUCAACCAGCCAGAAGCUAGUGGUUGAUAGGCUGCUGAGAGACCAAAAUGACGAUUUACAAAGAUUCCAUCCACAACUGGAGUGGACUCUGGGAGGUCUGGAAUGCCAGCCGAGUCAUGUUACAGCCUGGUCGGGACCGGAAAGCGGUGAGAAGAGGAAGGGAAGAAAAAGGACAGUUGCUACAGACCAUGGGAAAAGAAAAACGGCCGCCAUCGAGGUCAUCUUGAAGACGCAAUGGAGAACUCCUUGGUUAGGCCAACCUCCACGAAGUUCUGUAGGCAUCGGCGGCCCAGUACCCUCUGGAUCGGUUGGUCCAGAUCCCAUCCACACCGGUCCAAGACUAUGGACCAACACUGGCACGGACGGAACAACGCAAUAUAGACCAAAUUCCGAACAGCAGCACAAACUCCCAGAGCCCCAUACCCCUCACCGUCCUCGUGCUCGCCCGCGGCCGCACUCUGAGCUCAAAAAGCAUAGGCCAGUCCUCGUGGUACGCGAACCAAAAUUCGUUUUUUUAAAGGAAGGGGGCAAAAAGAAAGCUGAAAAAACCGGGAAGGCCAGGUCCAAAAAGAAACAUCAAAAACACAUCUCCAUCGAGCUUCGUCGUCCCGGGAGCUACUACCGAAGGAGUCGGAGUCCUAAUGAUGGUUCUCCCGGACCAUCGGCGUCAUUUGUCCAAGCUCCGCCUGCACGUUCUCUUCCACCGCCGCCACCGCCACCGCCACCGGGAUUCCGAACUGCUCAUGUUCAUAUCCCCCCGAAGCAGACAGAUCAUGAACGUCAACGAGAGGAGACAGAGGUCAUAGAGGAGCUAUUUGAGGAGUUCGAAGAGCUGUGUGAAACAAAGGGCAAGAAGAAGAGCAAAAGGCCAAGCAGGGAUCCAGAACUAAAAGCACGCCGGCAAGAGGAGGUCCGGAAGGCCGCUGAAGCUGCCGUGGGUUCUGGUUUCCCACCGGAUGUCAGCUUGAAUCCGGACUCGGACACCGGAAUUACCAGGAGGCUAAUGAGACAGGUGGAGAGGAGGAGCCAGCAACGGAUGACCCUAGAGCAGGAGCACAGUGAGAAUGUAAAGGUGGAUGUCGUGGUAGGGAGACCGGCUCGAUACAGACGCCCGCCUACACCCCCGGCGCUGAUACGGAUACAGACUCGAGGUCAUCCACCAUUCCCACCCAGCACUCCACUUGUCACACGCUUCCCUCGAGAACGCGCACGUGAGCGACACCUGGGGAUACCAUCGCCACUAGAAGGCCGAGACGGAGACAGUGAAGGAGCAUGGGAGUACCACCGCCACCAAACCCGGGUGGAGGACGUGGCUGACUAUGACGACGAUGAUGGGGGACGAGGAGGUCUGGAGGAGACGCAGGAUUACCAUAUCAGAGGAGCCCCCUGA